AUCUAAGAUUUUUUUAUAAUUCUUAAAAAUAUUGCUAUAUAAAAUUUUCGUAUUUUGAAAAUCUUAAAAUUAUAUCCGAAAUCAGAUCUGAAAAUACAAGAUGAAAGCGGUGCAAAAUUAAGAAAUAAAGAACAAAAUAUGAGAACUGAGAAAGUAUAAACAGGAGAGGAAACCGGAGAUAAAGAUAUAAUGACUUGGUUCAAUCGUCGUCCUGAAUGUGCAAAUUCUUCUUGGUCGGAUAAUUGGAACAAACGGAAGUAACGCAUUAUUGCUGAAAAUUAAUUUUGCCACAGCAUAAAUAAAAAAUUACUUUAAUAUGCAGAGGUAUGCAAAAGAUUUUUCAUUUUUAAUGACACGUAUUUCUAUACAUUAUAUUUCUCUUCAUCUCUCUCUCUCUCUCUCUCUCUCUCUCUCUCUCUCUCUCUCUCUCUCUCUCUCUCUCUCUCCGAUAGCUUUGGUACCACCUAGUCACUUAAUUUUAUAAUUAUGUUUUUUAAAUUUUAUUCUUCAAUUUUGUGCAAUUUGUUUAGUUUUUAAUUGUUUGUGUUCUAUGUUAUCAUUUUUUAUUUUUAUAUUAUUCUUGUCAUUUUAUUGCUUACUUUUUUCUGUAUUAGUGUUGUAUUAUCUUUCUCGUUUAUGAAAAGCUUAUCCUAGAAUGUCAAUAAUUGCUGUUUAUCUGCCCUUUUCUCUCUCUCUCUUUCUAUUCUUUUUUAAUCAAUAAAAUAUUUUCAGUAACUUAUAUAAAUGUUCUUCUAAAAAAGUUGUUCAUGCGACAUAAUGAAUUUUGUUUUUGCUAAACAGUAUCUUUGACAUUUAAACUGAGAUCUCAGAUUUGCAUAGAAACUACAAAUUAAAUACAGGUCCUCUUUCUCAUAUUUUUGGCACACAAAAAAUGAAAGACGAACAUAUCUCAAAUGGCUGAAAGAAACUCUGAAAAAGAAUUCUCUGAAGAGAAGACUGCUUUUUUUCUUAAAUACGGCAUAGUUUUCUCUUCCAUUUAACACUUGCCACACUUAAAUCGUGUACAGAAACAUCUUCAGUGGCACGUGCCUUCCUUCUUCCGCUUUUGCAAAUAAAUCAUAAAAUAUGUAAAGGUAAAAAAAAGAAUUAUUUUCCUUUCGGAAAGAUUAACGCUUAUCAUUUGUGUAAUACGUACUAAUAAAAAUUAACAACGUAAUACUAUCAGUAAUUUGAGUUCUCCCGACUGUCUCCCCUCAGGGAUGACGAACGAUAAGAGAAGAAUCAGCCUUCUCUCUACCCUUCCUCCGGAAGGGUUAAGCACGGACGUCUCACGUGGCUACGGAAGAAGAAGACGGAGGCGGGCGCGCGAGAAGUAGGUCGGAGAGAAGUCUCGCUCAUACGUUGAUCGGGCGCACGAGGAGCCGCCGGCCGAGCGGCUCCGUCAGUCUCGCGAAGAUAUUCCGGGAGUCAACAGGUGCGAUAGGAGCCAGGGAGCACUCCAGUAAGAGAGCCCCUUCUUCCUCUUUUCUCACGUCACUUUCGUCACGCUUGUCUGAAGGAACCGGAGCGGAGAUACGCGCUAGACGUUUCCUAAUUCACGACGACGACGACAGUCGGUGACAGUUGCAUAUCAUGCAGUCCUGAAGAAAGUAUCUUCGUUUUUCCCCCCGCGGAUCUCGCGCAUCUCUCUCCGCGCCGCCUUGUACUUCUCAUUUAUCACAGAGACUGCGAGAAAAUCCAGGAAACAUGGCGACGAUGAGAAGAUACCAGAUUACUUUUCUUCUGCUUUUUGUGGCUGUGACACUUGACACAUGUCAUGGAGAGUUACCUAAACCAAGCUAUACCAGAACGAUGUUGAAGGUCUCUCGAAGUCUUCCGGGUGAAACGGAAGAGUUGAAAGUGCGAACGAGCGAAGGCAACCUGGCCACUUUAAUUGUCAAACGACGAGAUAAAUCAUCGCCUGCCAACGAUUCGAAGCUUUCGCCAAAACCUGCUCUAGAAGAAGCGAAUUUUACCAUAGAAAAUAAAAGAAAUUUUUCAAUAAAUGCGCAAAAUGAAUCGACGCUUAACGAUGAGAGGAACGAAGCUAAAAGGAAGGACGAGGUUCGUAGACUCGAGAAGGCACAAGUAGAACAGAUCAGGGCGACGUUCUUAAAAUCUUCGGAAUUAAAAAGUGAAAAACCGAACGUCGAUCAAAUUAAUAAGAAAUCGGCAUCUGAUAGAAGUGAUCAAUCUAUCGGUGUAAUCGAUUAUGGGAGUUGGACGCCAGUGGACGCGGACGGAAGGGCUUUGAAGCAAGAGGAAUCGGAAGAAGAGGAGGAGUAUCGAAAUUGGAAACCGUUGCAGACGAAUCUAGAGAGCGCCGUCGAAGAAAAAACGAACUACGACAAGUUGGGUGAGGCUAGAUUCGGCAGCGGUGUCCUAUUCGCCAAGAACCUCCAAGACCGAGCUCAGAGAAACUUCGAGCUUAAUAAUCAAAAUGUGGCAAACGAAGGAACGCUUCAUUAUAUGUAUAUACCUCAUAUAACGUCCACGAGGACGAAUAUUGGUGCCAACCUGUUGAAAAAUCGAGAUGGUAAGGCCGUGCCUCCGGAAGUGAUUGUUCGAUCGGAGAUCAAUGUGAAAACUACGCCGAAGAGAUCGCCCAUGUCACUAGACAUCGACGGUACGCCGAUAAUUCAUGGUACGAGAAUGCCCGACGAACCGAUCGACGAGAUGCAGACCUGGCGAAACGCUCGAGUUAUCAACAACAAGCUAAUAACUCCCGAGAGCACCCUGAUGAUUAGUACGGUGCCUCCUGUUGAGCCUUUCGAUGAUAACGUGGAGAAGAGGCAGAAGUUUGAAAAGUUCUUUAAGGAUGUUAAUCGAAGGUACGGACGCAAUUAUGACGAAGAAGCCCGCAACGUGUACUUCGAGUGGGACCCGAGGAAUUACAAAAAUGAAGCCUUGAAAGCCGAGAUCUACGAGCCACGUAAUGACCAUUAUCGCGCGAGUAUUCAUAAGAGGAUGCUGCAUCCGGACGCCGUCGCGAACUAUCCAAUUUCUCAACGUUACACCCCCGAGAGCCAGACCAUCGCCCCGGUGGCGCUGAAGACCGGCGCCCGCGCGCCGGUUCUCCAGUACGCUCAUCCGGAGUUGGGCGUGCAACCGGCCAAGAUCCUGAAGAACGAGAAACGCCGUCCGGACAAUUUCCCGGAGAGCCAACAUUCAUUCACCGAGCAGCGUCACAAGAAGAAGUACGUGCUGAACAAUAAGAACAUCGUGGACAGUUAUACCACGAAGAACUAUUAUCCGAAUCAGCAUUUUUAUGGUUUGAAGCGACCGUACGAGCCGCCCUUCUGGGUGAAAAUCUCGGAAAAUCUGAAGAAUCAAUUCUCCACCGGAGUAGAGAGGGUCUCGCAGUUCACCAGGCCGGUGAUCGACCCUUUGGUGGAGGCCACUCACAAGAUUUCCCAGAAUCUCGGUCUGUCCAAGGGCAAGGAGGCUCAGGACAAGAUUGACACGGUCGCGACGGGUACCAGUAUCCUGAUACCGGCUCUAGGCCUCGUCGCAUCCGGUGCCGCGCUCGGCAUAGGCGCCGUAGCGGUCGGCCGGUAUCUCGACGUCAACGUUCUGAAGCGAUCGAACGUGGACGACGCUGAUCUGGAGCACAAGCGUGCCUUGGAAGUCGGGGGUUACUUAGGUACGAUCGAGGACGAGAGUCUGAGAUCGAACGAGGCGACGCCGCAGACCCUGUACGUUCUACAGAACGUGCCUCAAGGCGACAAAAUGGGAAACGAGGGUACGAACUCGGCGGAAAGCGACGGGGUCUUCUUGGUUUUGGAGGAGGACAAGCGAAACGCCGAGAGAAUUGAGAAUCGAGAAAGUAAACAGGUGGUGGACGAGGCUGAGUACGUGGAAACCAACAAACGUAGAAGGAGAAGUCUCGACUACCUAGAUAUCUUCAAGACGGACGUGGACAUGAAGAAUUUGAUCCGCAGCAAGCGUUUCCAGAGGAAAGGAGCUGAUUCCAUCAGCGAUAUCGUGGAAAUCGAUCUACCUGCUGGUUCAGAUCGUAUCGGCAUCACCGAAUUCUUGAUUCCGAAGAAGAACCAUGAGAAACAUUUGAGUCAAAAUGCUAUUUUAAUUGUCGAAGACAACUUAAAGAUUCCGUCGGAAAAUCUUCGAGCGGAUACAUCGAAUCAGAAUGUAAACGUCGUGAAGAUGAUCGGUGAUAGUUCAUCGAAUGCGGCCACGAUAAACGAAAAUAAUGAACAGCGAGAAAGAAAGGGGGCCGAGAGUGCUCUUUUCGUGUUGGACAGAGCGCAAGUUCUCGGAGGCAGUCUCGAGAAGGAAACGGUAAACCGAAGACGAAAGCGAAGCGUCGAAAGUGACCAGGAGCUUCUGGACGCGUUGCAGAAUCUGGAGAAUGCGGAAGUGGCGGAAAUCGCUCACAUACCGGGCGAUUGGACGAACACGCCCUGCGCGAAGAGGAUAUUUUGUGACACGAUGAUCCAAAGAGGCUCCGAUGCCUCAGUGCUCAUGGAGAAAAAGAUGGCGGCGUUAUUAAGACUAAUCCAACCUGGAGCUGCCGUACAAGUGUCCAGUCACUUCGAGGAGGUCAUGGACGCCGUCAGGAGACACGAUUGUUCUCGCUUCCUGUGCCCACAGGCGAGACCCGGCAACGUCUUCCUUUAGACACGUCUCAGUAGUUCUCAAAUUGCAUCAUCGACUCUCCUCCCAUAUAAGUUGGCGCUUUUAACUGUAGUUAAGUUUUUCUGAAACAAAAAAAAAAGCAUUUUGUUACAUUUACAUUUGGGUUCGCAAAAAACCUUUUUCCCUUUUUUAUGCUGGAUUAAAAACUACUGUUGCAUCAACAUAUUUUGUUAAGAUAAUUAUCUCGACGAGCUAUGUCAACAAGAAAUCAAGAACGCUGCUGAAAAUCUUAUAUAAGAUUGCGCGAACUCCUCAGCAGCGUCCAACAGCUAACUAAAUAACAAAGAAACGAACAUAAAACAUUUCAUAUAAAAUUAGUUUAAACGUUACUCAAACAUGUCGAUGCUUAGAAAUGCUAAUAACAAAUAAAAAAUUAAUGCCCUUUCCCAAGGCUUGCCGAAUAUAUUAAAUUCAUGUGGUAUACGAAAUAUUUUUUAAUUAAUAAAAAUUUACGAUUUGCGUGAUUGUAAUUAAUUGCAUCUGAAAUCUUCAACGUUACAUUCAAGAAAAUAUUAUGUUAAUUUGUGUUUGCAAUUAUUUUGCAAACACGUUUUCGUCAAAUGCGUUGAGUCAACGCCAAGCCAAAACUGUACAUACUUGCCAUCGAGGCAAUUUUAUUUAAUAUAUAUUCAUAUUUGUCAUUUAGAUAAUUAAGUAUAGAAUUUAAGAGAGAGAAUGUAAGCUCGGCGAGUUGCACGUCUGCAAUUUUUAAAUGUUCACCAUAUCGUGAAAUUUCCUAAUCGUCCUUUAGUGAAUAUUUCCGCCUGUCGCUUCAUCUCAUCUCACUGCUGAUCCUCCGCGUUUCGUAUAUAAAUAAUGUCGUACGUGAAGUAUAAUUUAUAUCGACGCGCUGAGUGAUCAGAAACGUUGCUUACAUGCGAAUAUUAUUAAUUCAAAGAAAGAAAGAAACGUCGCCAGGUGUCACGAGAAUGUAUUUAUUUAAAUACGUAUAUAUACGAAGAUAUCGUGUUUGUAUAAGUUAACGAAUAAAUGAUAUUUUUUAUGACGA